AUGUUGGUGAGGUUUGCAGACUUGAUUGAUGGUGAGAAGAGCCACACUUUCGAGAGCCUCUUAAGCACCAUCUUCGUCAAUUGGGAUGUCCUGUGCGUGGACAUAUAUAUGAAGUCUGCUGCUGCUGAGUUAUGGUUUUUUCUCAAAAUCGCGCUCGGUGAAAAGAAAACAACUUUUAGUGAUGCAAUAGCCAAUGAGCCAUUGAUAGCGUGGAGUCGCUUCCUGCGUUUUGCACCUUCGUCAGGUAAAAUCGACUACUGCCGCAGAUUUCUUUCGAGUUCUGUUGCAUGGUCCGUUUUAUGUAAUGUUGAAUCUGAAUUAUUGAACCGAUGGCUUGAGCCACUUGACUUUAGGUUGUGGGACGCGAGAACAGGAACAAUUGUUGGGACGCUUGAGGCCAAAUCCUCUCUAACAAGUGCUGAGUUUGAUCCUCAAACUAGAGAAGUUCAUAUUCAUCUUGCUACUGUGGUACCUAAAGAGCCGCAUGCAGCAAGUAUAGCCUGGACGGAUAGUGUUACGGAAAAACAGAGUUUAGAUUCUUUAGGCACAGAAAUAGAGAGGUUAGAGUUGGAGAAAAAUUUUGAGCCUUGAGCUUCUCCCCCACCCAAUUGCACAGAGGACAGCUAAAAAAUGGGCUCUGCUAUUUCAUCUUGCGAAACAAAGUCCCUCCUAAUAGGUGCAGUUCUUUAGCAUUUAACUCUGUCUGUUUGACAUGAUAAAUGAAGUUUAGCUUGUUCCAAGUCAUAUCGUAGAAUGUCAAUCAAAUAUUAUUGAUUCCACUGCAUUGUUAAAAUGUGUCUCCUCCCUCCUUGUCUAUGUUCCUAUAUACAUUAUAUACCUUAUCCCUUUGCUUCAUUCUUCAGUUGUUGGAUGCAUUUUUUUUUCUCUCAC